AUGCCUAGUGCUGAAAUGAAGAUGGAUGUUCAGAGCUGGUGUGCGUCGCACGAGACUGCACACAUGUAUUUUGGCACCAAUUCUGAAGGGGAGUCUGGCGCAUCGUCUUCUAUUUCCGAGGUUGCUGUUUGGGUCGACGGUUUGUCACCAGAGUUAACCAUGUUACGUUGCACCACUGCCUUCGAGAUGUUAGUUGGCAGCUCUUGGGCGCAAAUCUGUGCCACCCAGAGUAAUCUUCUGCAAUGUUCUCGGCCAGACCAGCGAAAUGACUUGAAGUUUUGGGUUCGUCGUGCCUGUGAUAGACUCGAGCUGCCAGCUGUACACGGGGUGAGUUUCCGUUUCAGUAAGCAGCAUCAUCGUAUGCGUUUCGCCAUCGAGAACACGCUGAGAGUGUCCGUGGAUCCGCCAGGCGGCGAGGACUGGACUGAGGGCCUGGACCGACCUUUGUGCGUGGUGAAGCUCGUUCUCGAGAUGUCCAAGUGGAUCCAGGAUCAGCGUUGGACCAGGCGCGUCAGCGCGCCCGUGCGCUCUCACGCCCCUUUGUCAGCAGGCGUCCUCGAGUCGGAUGGCGCUGGCGCGGCCGCGGCGGCGGCCCCGGAGGACGCCGGCAACAUCCUGACCCCACCGCGACUCAUCGACCAGGCGACACAGUCAGUGGUAACGAGCGGGCCGCGUCUCGAGGCCCCCGCCGGCGCUGGUGCGUCUCCGCCCGAGGCUGACAGCGCCCAGAGGUCAGACAGCAAGGGGAGCCGCGCGACUGGUGGCGGGUCGAUCUCGCUCUGA